AUGCUGGUAAAGAACCUCCAGGACCUUGCUAAGGAAAUAGCGAAGUAUAAAGAAGAUUUGACUAGAGCUCGAAAAGAAGCAAAACAACAAGAUAUUAUCGAUGCAGUGAAUCUCAUGCAGACAACAACGACUUGCUUGCAAAAGUCUAAAGAGACAUAUUUCGCCCGUUGUGCCGAGUUGGAGAAAUUGAAAAAAGAAUCGAACGUCAAUCAAAAGGAGAUUGGGAAGGUAGCUGAUUUUGAUACUUUUAUAAUGGAGAUGAAAAUGUUCAAAUCAAAAGAGGAGUAUCGUGGUUACGUCGAAAAAUACGAGAUGGUGAGGAAAGAUUUCGAAGAGAAAAUGGAGAGGGCAUGCAAGUUUUUCCAAGCACAUGACAGGUUUGUUCUUCAUAUUUAUCAUCCUGUCAUUCAAAUUUCCUUUUUUGCUACAUUUGUAAGCUUUUAUAGGUCUCACUUCGCAGCUCUACAACAAUUUUUGCUUCUUUAUGCGGCACACCAUCAAGAAGCGGCCAUAGCUGCGCAACAGGUAAGCGUUUCGUAGUA